CGCUCGGCCUCGCCGCCGGACACGGCACAUUGGAGCCAUGAAGGAAACUAUUCAAGACAAGAAGUACUGGGGGUCAUCCCACGGCCUGCGGGGUCCCAUGGGGCCUCCAGGCAAGCUGCGUAGGUCUUCCCAGGAGUGGGGAGAACAAGAGCACAAGCGUGGUGGUGGCUGUGAAGGAGGUCGGCACCUGGCGUACGGCAAGGAGCAGCCUUUGGGCUUUGGCCCCCUGUCCUCUGGCAGUGAAGAUGACGAAGAGGAUGAUGAAGGAGGAGGAAAGUGGGAUCUUCCCAGCAUGUCCAGUUGGGGGGUUGGAGGAGGCAGUUCUGACCCAUCCAGCAGUAAAGCCUCCCGGGGGAAGAUUGCGAGGAGCGGGGGGCGGGCUUGGCCAUUUGAAGUAGGGACGGGCUCCAAUCCCAGGGGGCGGCCACAUCUGCUGGGGAACCCCAAGCGCCGCUAUUUCCGCCGCAGGCGUCAGCGUGCCCUGCAGGCCUUCCGCAUGCUGCUGUACUCAAAGAGCUCCUCCCUGGCUUUCCACUGGAAGCUGUGGGGCAAGAUGGCCUCCAAAGGGCGCCGGCGAGGAGGGCCAAAGCGGGUCCGGUCAUCCCUCUCCCUUUCCCCCGGCUCCCAGCCCGAUGACGAUCACCUUCCCCUCUACAAGAAAAACUGCCUCGUAGGGAUGGAGGACUGUCCGGCGGGAGGAGCCAAGCGUCGGCCAGGCCCCUCUGAGCCCCACCUGGACUAUGAAUUGGAUGGGGCCUUUCCCGCCUCUGUGACCUCGCCUCAAGCGUCCCGUCUCAGCUUGCUGGGAGCCCUGAUAGAUGAAACAUCCCCCUAUCCUCAGUAUGUGGAGCUUCAGGGCGUCAGUUUUGACAAAGAUCCUGGAGCUAUGGAGAUUGACGAAGAUGCAGCUGCCAUGCUCAAGUACCCUGCUGGGGGAGCCCAGGCCUCCCCCCGGACUAGGAGGCUGAGGGAGGUAGAGCACAGCCUCGAUGGAGAUGGAGGCUCCCUGGAUGCCCUCCCCAACGGCUUUGCUUCCCUCACUCCCGACGGCGAUAUGUGCUCCCUCCCUGGAGUCACGGAUGCUACCAUCCUCAUCAGCAACGUCUGUAGCAUUGGAGGCCAUGUGGCCGAGGAGCUGUUCCAUGGCCCUCGAGACAAGGACAGGGCGCCAGAUCCCUCUGGAAUCAGGCUAGAGGUGGGGAGCCAGCAGGCAGAGCUGCCCAUGGAGGGUGUUCCCGAGCCGUUGGACGAGAAGGCAGCCCAGCACAGCCCGCUGAGAGAGGAGCACCUCACGUGUGUGCACAACAUCUUGGAUGAAUUCGUGCAGACGUACGGCAGCCUCAUUCCCAUCAGCACAGACGAAGUUGUGGAGAAGCUGGAGGACAUCUUCCAGCAGGAGUUCUCCACGCCACAGAGGAAGGCCAUGGUCCACCAGCUGAUCCAGUCCUAUCAGCGCAUGCCAGGCAACGCCGUGGUGCGGUCCUUCCGAGUCACCUACAUGCGCCAUGUCCUCACGAUGGACGACCUGCAGACGCUCUAUGGGCCGAAUUGGCUCAAUGAUCAGGUCAUGAACAUGUACGGGGACCUUGUCAUGGACACGGUGCCAGAGAAGGUUCAUUUCUUCAACAGUUUUUUCUAUGAUAAGCUACGAACCAAGGGGUACGAGGGAGUGAAACGAUGGACCAAAAACGUGGAUAUCUUCAACAAGGAGCUGCUUCUCAUCCCGAUCCACCUGGAGGUUCAUUGGUCUCUGAUCUCUGUGGAAGUGAAGAAGAAGAAGAUCACAUACCUGGAUUCCCAGCGCACCCUCAACCGGCGGUGUCCCAAGCACAUCUGCAGGUACUUGCAGGCCGAAGCAGACAAGAAGAACCGGCCAGACUUCCGAGAUGGGUGGAAAGGGUUGUUCAAGAUGAACGUUGCCAGGCAAAACAACGACAGCGACUGUGGAGCUUUCGUCUUGCAGUAUUCCAAAUACCUGGCAUUGGGCCUUCCCUUCACGUUCACACAGCAAGACAUGCCGAAGCUCCGCCGCUUGAUGUACAAGGAGAUGUGUCACUGCAAGCUGAGUGUGUGAAGAGGGCCUGUGCCCACACAG